AUGGAGACGGAGUCCGGCCAGGAAGAUGAGAGACGGAGUCCGGCAAAAACAGGUGACCGAGAUCCUGACGAGGCGGACGAGGAAACCCGGCGAAGCUGCUUCGCCACGGCUGGAAGAUGUACCUUCGCUUCACUCCCAUGUUGCAAGAUGGCCAGUGCUCUUGUCCUCGUGGUGCUGUGUAGCUGGGCUGCGGCCUUGCUUGGCACCUGCGACUUUGGAGCGGACAGCUACUGUCUUGGAGCCACUGGGCUCAAAUUGGUAUUCCAAGAAUAUGGCAUCAUCAUGUUCCACGCUUUGAUCGCUUCUACGGCCCUAGCAGCUUGCGGAGCUCUGUGGUUGUGGUGCAAGGCCAUCACCUCGCACCUGAUUCAAGCGUCUCAUUUUUUGAUCCUCAAUUGGAUCGAGGGCCUUGUUUUUCUCAGCUUCAUGGUCUCGAGUUCCCAGAGCCCAGGCAUUGACAUUCACUCCAAACGCUUUACUUUCCUCCUUGAGACGUUCUGGGUCCUCCUACUGGUUUGUGAAAUUAUUUGCAUCCAAGCACUGGUACAAGAUCGUCUCCAAAGCAUUUGGCCAGCGCUGAAUCGGCCGAGACAGGGCGUGUGGCUGAGGUGGAUGCUUUGGGCAGAGCUCAUGUGGGUCACGCUGAGCUUCAUCCUCUGGCUGAGUGGUUCUUUUUCACGUCCUGGAACGCUGGACUUCAAGGAGAUCAGCGAUGCAUCCAUUUAUUCCAUACUGCCGAUUCUGCUGUGCUUCCUCACGUGGGUGGUCCUUGUUCUUGCCACCUUGUGCCAGACAUUUUCACUCCUCCAGACCGCACUGGCCACGAUCCGCCAGACCGACACCGAGCACUGCCGGUCCUUUUUAAAGGCUUUACGGAUUUGCCGGAGAGGAGCUUUUCUGCAGGGCUUGGGCUUGGUGAUCAGCCUCAGCACCAGCUGUAGCUUUGUGGCCACGAAUUUUGCGGGGCUACUUCCGGAAACCCCGCUUGACAUCACAGGAAUCCACACCCAGACCGCGCAGUGUGUGAACCUGAUUGUGAAAACCAUUGGUGUGAUUUUGCUUUCUGGGGGCUACCGCUUGUGGAGGCAACCUUCACUCCAAACAGCCAAGCCAAAAAGAUGUAGCUACACGUGCUGGAGCUUCAGUCACCGCAUCACGCGGACACGAGCCAUCGGAGGAAGUGAAUGGGAGGCCAAGACUCAGGAGUUGGCCGGUCGCGGAAUAUCUGUGCAGAAGCUUCUGUCGUUCUACCGGAGGCUGGGCAAGGAUGUCAUGUUGUCGUACCAGCCGGAUGUGCAUACUACCAAUGAUGUGGUAAGACUGGCAAUUAUCCCAUCGACCUCAACGGCAUGUUCUUCGUAUGCCCAACUAGUGAACGAAGGUGAAAGUUUGAUGCCCGGAAAGAUGGUGACCCACAAUUGGUCUAACCUUUUCCGGGACCUGCUGGCGAGUGUCAUAGCAGACGCCCUUGGAGAGCACACAUCUGAGCUUAUUUCUGCCUUGCUGUCCGAGCCCUCUGGCAUCAAUGCACUGGAGCAAGUGUUGAGGGUACAAGACAAGUUGCAGGAUAUAUAUUGGAUUUGUGCUUUUGCUGUGAAUCAGCACAGUGGAAUUUGUGGGGCGAACCCCCGUGGAGACAUUGAUCCAGUCACAAGGCUCCCACAUCCGGUGUGUCUAUGCACGAUGCCCAAACGCUUCAACACCACACCACCUUUGAAUGAGCAUGGUGAGAGCAUCCCUUGUGAGAUGAACAAGUUUGAUGACAUGAUGUCCUUCCUCGCAUGCAGAGAUCCCUCUUUUGCUGAGGUGGUAGUUGUUGAUACAUCUUUGGAACUUUUCAACAGGGCUUGGUGUAUGGCGGAGCUGGCAGAGGCUCAGCGAAUGGGUAUGGCGCAGAGUCUUCUGGUCCAGAAUAAGGCCACUUUGCGCAGCAGACGGGGCAGUCUAGAAGGCCUCAAAGUGCAAGAGAUGACUGCCACUCGUCCAGAAGAUGUGGACGCCAUUCUGUCGAAGAUUCCCGACAAGGAGGAGUUCAACCGAAAGCUUCAAGAGCUAAUCUUUGAUGAGAACCUUGGCCUUUUGACGGCUUGGACCAAUGCCGAUGCUUCACAACGAAUGGAGGAGAUCUCCCAUGUCUCGAAGUGGGCACGCAUCUCAAUGGUGGUGGAGGAUGGAGCACAAGUCUGGCGGCAAUGGGAGAAGAAGCGAGCUUACGUGUCGGUAGGCAUGGAGCAAAAGCUGGUGAACUUCAGCUUGCCUCCUGCACCAUUGGAUGAGCCAGAGAUGGCCAUGAGGGUGAAGAAAUACGGUGAGAGCAUGAAGUUGAGCGUCUUGGCACAACCGGUCGACCCGGUGAUCUUGAGAGACCUGGGCUUAGACAACGACGCGGUGCCGCUCUGCUUGUCGAAUUCGGAGAACCUGGAGUCCUUGAAGGCUCCGGUGGAAGGUGCCGAGGAGAAGCGAGAGCUCUUCAAAGCCACCUUCGCUGAGAUUACCAAG